AUGGAGGACAACAGCACGCAAGUUAGCUUGAAGGUCUCCUCCAGCGCUGGCAAUGAUGGAAAACUCCAUGACACAGAGCAGCAAGAUGACGAAAAGAUAUAUCCGCCCAAGAAAGUUGUUCUUCCAGCUAUGGCUGCUAUCUACCUGGCAGUGUUUCUUGUUGCACUUGACAGAACAAUCAUUGGCACAGCGGUGCCUUCCAUCUCGAACCACUUCAACAGCUUUGGAGACAUAGCCUGGUACGAAUCAGGUUUCCUUCUUCCACUCUGUGCUCUACAGCUAUCGUUUGGCCUUGUGUACACGUACUACCCUUCCAAAUGGGUUCUGAUCAUCCUCGUCUCCAUAUUUGAGAUUGGAUCGAUAAUCUGUGCCUCUGCGCCUUCAAGCAAUGCUCUCAUUGUUGGAAGGGUAGUACAAGGAGUUGGUGGAGCAGGCAUCGGGUCCGGGGCUAUCAUACUUAUCAGCAAGCUUGUGCCUCUCCAAGCUCGACCUCAUAUACUUGGGCCGCUCCUGGGAGGCUAUUUGACUUCGAUUACCUGGAGAUGGUGCUUCUGGAUCAACGUCCCGAUUGGUGGUGUGUCAUUAGCAUGUCUUGUGUUCUUCACACCAAACAGCCCGUCUGCUAUCAAGGCUGCUCCGACCUGGCGUGGGAAGCUCAACCAGCUCGAUCCGCUGGGUUUCAUCCUUGUAGCACCUUCAGUCAUCUGCCUACUGUUCGCUAUCGAGUGGGGUGGUUCAAAGUAUCCUUGGAACAGCGGUCGUAUCAUCGCAUUGUUCGUCGUCUUCGGCGUCCUCCUCCUCGCCUUCAUAGCUUCUCAAGCCUGGCGCGGAGACAAAGCAACCCUGCCUCCAAGAAUCUUGCGACAGCGCAGCAUAAUCUCUGCAUCCCUGGCGAAUGUAGGGGUUGGAUCUCUGCUCGUCCUCUACGCCUUCUACCUCCCAAUCUGGUUCCAGGUUAUCCAAGGAAAAUCGCCGCAAAAGUCUGACCUGUCGCUAUUGCCGCUUCUCCUCAGCAAUGUGUUUGCAGUUAUAUCGUGUGGUGUCUCGACGAGUGUUGUGGGAUACUACACGCCAUUCCUGAUUGUCGGGAGCGCGCUAUUGAUUGUAGGGUCAGCACUGAUCACGACAUGGUCGGUAAGCAUUGGGUCAGGAACAUGGAUUGGAUAUCAGAUCAUCACAGGACUGGGACUCGGUGCAGUCUUGCAAGGUCCGAACAUAGCAGCACAGACUGUCCUUUCGGAUGCCGACGUAUCUAUUGGCUUGUCUUUCUUGCAAUUUAUCAGCUUCUUCGCAGGCAGUACCUUUAUCAUGGUCUCACAGACACUUCUUGAGAACAGCUUGGUCUCCGGGUUGAAGGACAUAUUACCCAACUUGGAUCCUAGCACUAUAUCAGGUGGGGGAGCAAGCACUGUCCAAAACUUGGUGUCUUCAGACCAACUUCCGAUCGUGCUUCGAGUCUACAACGAUGCGCUCAGAUCGGUCUGGUACCUGGGCCUGGGACUGGCUUGUCUUGUGUUUGUGGCGUCAUGGGGUUUUGAGUGGAAAAGCGUCAAGGCAAAAACGCAGGGCGGCGUCAACGACAAAGUGUGA